AUACAUCCUUUAAUCAAGAUACCUUACAUGAGAAGCAAACACUUGAAAAUAUAAAAUAUAUAGUCGUGUUUUUCUGAGAAAAGUAUCAAAAGGAAGUGAGUUUAUGAUUAAAACAAGAAGAUAAUAUCAGCCAAGUAGCUCAGAAAUAUAAAUGUGUUUCCCUUUGAAUUAAUUGUAUUUUUUUUAUUCUAAUAGCAUAUAUUUUUCACCUUUGAAGACUGAAUUUACUCAAUUAUACACAACACGGUCAAAUUCUGUCUGUUACAAAACAAAAUAAUAAAUAACCAAUGUUUAAUACAUCUGUCACAAUUUAAAAGAAGUCAUUUAGUUUUCGAGGUGUUGAUUUAAUAAUGUUUAGAUAUUUGUGCUGAAAAACAAGACAAAAAAAAAGAGUCAUGUUUUACAGUUUUUGUUUAAAAUAAAUGGUAAUUUGUUAAAGAGCCAACGAUAUUAGUAAAAUAUGAAGGCAGGUUUAUUGUAGAAGUAGAAGUGACGCUCUAAUCUUCCUGUAGAAAUGCAGCUCUUUUCAUUAUUCAUUAUGAGCUGCAAGCGUGCAGAAGCGUGUCCCAGAAGAUGCAGUCGGUCCGGUCGGGAAAACCGUUUUCUGUCUUGUUUUCCGCCGCAGACACCUAAACAUCCAUCGAGAAUCACUUCUGAUACUCUUUCUUUUCCUGAAACCUGCAUCUAAACAGCUUCAAACAAGAAAACCUGCCAACAGAAAAAAAAGUAUUAUUUUUAUGAUAAUUCAUUUUGUUUGAUUGAUAUUUUUUCAAAUGGGAAUACAAGACCCAGUAUUUAAUCAAGUCACUAUUAUUUUUUUCAGUGCAGAUUGCGUGGAAACAGCUUUACAGCAAUAAACAGGGAACAGCGUUCCUUUCUCCUCCUUCGGUCUCUAAUCUAGAAAAGAGAGAACGAUCAAGUGAGCGAUUCCCAGCAGGCCUGCUCUCCGUUUCCUUCAGACACAGAUGUGCUCCUGAUGAGGCCAGAUGUCUGACAGCGCGGGGUCUUCAAUCCCACAAUCCCCUGCGGCCGGAGCAGCUGCGGAGUGACGCUCCUCUCGUCUGUGUGUGAUGUUCAGCAGCACCUGAGGCUCUUCUCCACACCUCACACGCGUCUGAGAGCUCAUUCAUUCAAAGGCCUGCGUGUAAACAAUGCAAAUCAAGAUUUAACCCAUCAAACUUUUUUCGCGUAAACACGUUUUAAGCAUAGGUUUAAAAAAAAAAAACGGAAGAAAAACAGAACUGAGUGAAAGAAACCAGCGCGAGAAUGCAUUCAAAACCAAUUGUAAAACUCCACAGAUGAGCAAAUCAGUCCAAAUGAGAAGAGACGAAUGCAUGGAUUCAUUUUUGAAAAUUCUUCGUUGAUAGCAAUGAUUUCAAUUUAAAGUCAAACAAUCAAGGUCUUAAUUACUACUAGCAUUAAACACAUCGUUAGUUUUCCGAUUUUCCUCCAUUAAAAGUCUGAAGAUUUUGUGUAAGCCAUAUUUUUAGUUCCCAGUGCAUUAUUUUCAGCUGGUUUAAUACUUCUGUCUUUCUAUGUAACAUAAAAAGAGACGGAGCCAGAAUAGAGCCCUGAGGAACACCACAGACCGGGUUCUGCUGGAGCUGGGGGUUGCUCUGCUCCUCUGCUGCCUGCAGGUGGCGCUACAGACAGCUCUGAGCCCGAGCCAAUGAAUCAGUCUUCAGAGAAUCGAUGCGCAGCCGCUGUCUGAAGAAAGAGGGAACUCUUUUAAAUACAAAAUCUCUUCAUUAUCUUCCUUUAUUGGUGUUUCAGGCGCUCCUUUCUGCGUUUGUCCUUCAUUGAGCUCAUUUAGAAAACAUAAAUAAAAAUAAAUCAGCGCUGCAAGUAAUGAAUGCAGGAAAUGAAUCAUCAUUAUUAUGAAGCCGUUGACAUCUGCUCUAACACCGGCGGGGCAUUUAUGCAUUUUAAGUUAAAAAUGUUUCAUUUUUAUUGUACGUAGUCGUUAUUAUAAUAAUAAGUACAUGUAACGUGAAACAAAAACACCUUAAAAUAGCCACCAGAAAUUAAAAACGAACAAUCUCUAUAAAUCUGAUUGUGAAUGAGCUUCAUAUUACCGGAUAACGUGAACGAAUGAACUUGAAAUGCAAAACCUGAUUAUAGAGUUGUACACAUCACUGAGGAAGAAGCGAGACAAUCAGGAAUGAGGCAGCGGUUCCUUUUAUUCAUUCAGCGCAUACCCAGACUGACUCUCUCUCUCUCUCUCUCUCUCUCUCUCUCUCUCUCUGUCUCUCUCUCUCUCUCUCUCUCUCUCUCUCUCUCUCUCUCUGUCUCUCUCUCUCUCUCUCUGUCUCUCUGUCUCUCUCUCUCUCUCUCUCUCUCUCUCUCUCUCUCAAAAUAGCCGCGCACAGUUCCCUCGCGCUCAGUGAGUCCAGACAGCCGCCGCGCGCAAACAUCGGAUCGUCUGGAGUGCCCCGGAUUCGCUCUGUGUCGGAUUCGCUCCUCGGUCAUGCGGCGCGCCUCGGUACCGGAGCCGGCGCGAGCGCACGCACCCGAUGGCGCCCCGUGAGCGCGCCGGGACCCAGCAUGCGCGACCGAACCGAGCCGCGGGAGACGCUGGCGCGCGCGCUGACCGGCUGCUUGCUGUGCGCGCUCAUCCUCUGGACACUGCUCGGGAACGCUCUGGUGUGCGCCGCCGUGCUGCGCUUCCGCCACCUGCGCGCCAAAGUCACGCACGUCUUCAUCGCGUCGCUGGCCGUGUCGGACCUGCUCGUGGCUGUGCUCGUGAUGCCGUGGAAGGCGGCGGCAGAGGUGGCCGGCUUCUGGCCGUUCGGCGCCUUCUGCGACGUCUGGGUGGCGUUUGACAUCAUGUGCUCCACCGCGUCCAUCCUGAACCUGUGCGUCAUCAGCGUGGACCGCUACUGGGCCAUCAGCAGCCCUUUCCGCUACGAGCGCAAAAUGACUCUUCGCGUCGCUUUCGUGAUGAUCGGCGCGGCGUGGACGCUGUCGGUGCUCAUCUCGUUCAUCCCGGUACAGCUGGACUGGCACAAAGCCGACGCGGGCGCCGCGGAGCCCAACGCGUCCGACGCGGACAGCUGCGACUCGAGUCUGAGCCGCGAGUACGCCAUCUCCUCGUCCCUCAUCAGCUUCUACAUUCCCGUGGCCAUCAUGAUCGUCACCUACACGCGCAUCUACCGGAUCGCGCAGGUCCAGAUCCGGAGGAUCGCGUCGCUGGAGCGCGCGGCGGAGCACGCGCAGAGCCGCCGGUCGGACCGGAGCCUCCACCGGAGCCUCAAGACCUCGUUCCAGCGCGAGACCAAAGUUCUGAAGACGCUGUCCGUGAUCAUGGGCGUGUUCGUGUGCUGCUGGCUGCCGUUCUUCGUGCUCAACUGCGUGGUUCCGUUCUGCCGCCGCGAGCCGUGCGUCAGCGACACCACGUUCGACGUGUUCGUGUGGUUCGGCUGGAGCAACUCGUCGCUCAACCCCGUCAUCUACGCCUUCAACGCCGAGUUCCGCCGGGGUUUCUCCAGCCUGCUGCGCUGCCGCGGCCGCUGCCGGACUCCGGUGGAGACGGCGAACGUCAGCAACGAGCUGGUGUCCUACAACCGGGAGGCGGCGAGCGCGUGCGUCAACAUCAUCCCGAACGUGGUGGACGAGACGUUCGACCGGAUCUCGCAGCUGUCGCGGGGCGGCGGCGACGACGACGAGGACGACGACGACCUGGACGACGCGUUCACGCCGAACGGCAUCCGCUGAGCGCGAGCUUUAACGCGGAGUUGGCUGUAGGUCGCGCGCGUUGCCGUUGUCACAUGACCGCGCUGCCGUUUGAUCCGUAAAUGCUUCUGGAUUAAAGAGUUGAGAUGUUAGUGGGACUGAGCGUGUAGAAGGUAGAGGACUGACCGGAGAGACACGUCUUCAUCAUCUUCAGCCUUACUGUCCCUCCGGAGCCGGGCCCCUGUCUCUCCGCUCCAGCUCUGUUUGAUGGUGAAUGUCUUCAUUGUGUUUCUUUACUGUUUAAUGUUUACAAAAGCCAUGCCUGUAGAUUGAUGAUGAGCGCUGACCUCUGACCUCUGGGUGUGUGUGUGUGUGUGUGUGUGUGUGCUGUUCUUCCCUCUCUCUCACACACACACACACACACACACACAUGAAUGUACACUAACAGUCAUGUGCACAGAUCUUUUUUAAUAAAAAGCCCAUGAAACGAG